AUGGGCCGCAUCGUUGACGGACUGGUUAAAAUCAUCAGUAAGACAGUCGAGACCACAAAACGAGUCACAGCAAUCAAGGCAGCAGACAACGGUACUUUAAAGGUUGUCAUCAAUGGCGAUGAAGAGAGAACCUAUAAUCAUGUCAUCAACACUGUGCCCCUGGGCGCCAUGCAAGUAAUGGACAUGACCGAGUUAGAUCUCGACUACCGCAAGAAGCUCGCCAUCAGAAGGCUCCAGUACGACCCUGCUGGUAAAAUUGACAUGAAGUUCAAGAGCCGAUAG